AUGCUAGAAAGUUGCUCCUCGACUGGCACACUCAACCGGGCCAUAGACCUACAUCCAGCCUACCAGGCGCUCCACGCAAGACUCGAGACAGUCCAGGCAGGGCCGAUGGCACAGAUGAGCAGAGCCACACGGGGUCGGCCACCGACGCUCGCGGAGAGAGGAGAAGGCGCUUACCGAAUGUCACGUGACCGGCGUGGCACACCGUCUCACGGACGUACUCGCGAGGCCGGAAACACCACGCCUGAGAAACAAAGACCGAUCAGCCCGCCGUCUGACGAGGGGGAGGCGAACGAGCACGCCGACGCCGCGGCAACCACGUUAGGCGUGAUGGGGACACAAGCCACGCCAGUCCACCAAUGGCUGAGAUCAGGGAGGCGACAAUCAGCCAACGGAAAGCAGGCUAGUCAACAAACGUUUGCUUGGGACAGAACACGGAUUGUCGGCGCCUGCCCCUUCAAGAAUGGCCGAGAGUUCCUUGAGGCCAUGCACUCGGAUGAAUCGUGCAUCAACCGUCACAUCGAGUUGGACGCCGCGUACAAUAAUACGAGGCAGGCGGCAAGGCUGAACAGAUCAAGGCCAGCAGGAAACGUCAGUGCACGACUCUGA